CUUGGAAACCUUUCUUCGACGUCUGCUAUAUGCGGUAGGUGGCAUAGCGAUCAAGGCGAAACUAGCGAAGAGAUUCCGCCCCGUGACUAUACUUAUGAAAGACGCCCCCUGAACCUGCUCAACUGCGCUUUGCUCGGAUGGAGCCGUGCAUGUUCGGGAUGCUUUGCUCGUCUUCGUCCCACGGCAUGCAGCGGCCAGGGUCCUCGGCUGCGCCUGUCUCACCGCUGCCAGCCUCUACAAAUGGCCAGGAGACGGAAGCAGAGAGUUGCUCCUUUUGCCUCGAAGCCAUUUCGUGGAGCCAAAGACAGCCGGCCGACUAUCGGGACAUUGUCGAGAAAGCGAUACACGACCCGGCUGUUGUAAAGGCCGUUCAGUGGGUGGCACUCGCGGAAGCCUUCUGCGAAAGCGUCAUACGAGGCGGUGAGAACGCAGGAACGGUGGCCUGCCUCUGCGUCUUCUUUAUCGGAAGGGCCAAGACCACGGCUUUCUCGUGGACUCUCAUCAACACCGUCCGUAAGUGGUUCCAUCGGCGCGAGGAGCUGCUGGAAGCGCCCGAAGGGUGCCCGCGUCGUUGGACGGCCUACGUUGUCCUGGUGACGGAGCUGUUUCUGGGACUGAGGCGCAUCAAGGCAACCAGUGACAGCGUGUACUUGGCGGCGCUCGUGUGCGAGUGCUCCCUCGUCAUUCUGUGGCCAACGGUCGGCGGCAACGCUGAGAUGGAGUGCCUGUGGUGGACGUUGACCGUCGCCGGCCAAGCCGUGAAGAACGCCACGCCACGGCUUAUGGAGAUGCUGAUUGGCCGCAUGCGCGACGCCUUCUUGCAGUCGGUGGUGUCGCCACGGGCGCGUAGCACGCUGCUCGAACUCAUCGAGCUCCACGCUUCAGGGUGGAAGUCGAGCUCGGCGCAGAUGAAGUACUAUUACCCGCAUGUACACUCAUAAAUAGAAAAGGUCUCUGCAUGUAACAACACUAACUAAAUACUAAUAGGUUACAUGUCACAAAAAGUACAACCUUCUUAGUAACUGUCUUUACUACCUUUACUUAUUAAUAUUGCCCUAAAGAGCUUUACGGAUAUUAGCGUUGGGCACGCAGGAUUGAAGAGCUUUAGAAUAGGGCUUUCCGUUUGCGGAUAGCGUCUUUCGCUUGCACCACCACUAUACGGCGUCAAAGAAAAGCUAUUAUAAAUAAAUAAAACGCAAUUCUGUUACGAGAAUAAUUUUUGCAUUCGUGUUUCCGCGUUUAAUUACAAUUUAGAGGUUAUUCUAUUAGCGCCAAUUAAUUAGUUGCACUUACUUUUGGGUAGCCAUCCUUACGUGCCUUCACCACCAAGGUUAAGCUGCAUUAGGCCUACGAGUCCUGAAAUCGACAAACGAAUUCGGAAUCAGCGGCGUCCAAUGAAUCAAUAUUCAUAACAGACGCUAGUUGAGAGAUAGCGAUAACCGCAAUAACUUCUCCUAGCUUGCGAACUUCACGCGUUACCACGAAUUGAACCCAGUUUGGUGCUAGGUUAACAGCGAUAACGCGGAAAAGCACAACAUAACCGCGUAUUCAAUACUAUAGAGCUGUAGCAGGUGGCGCUCGUAGUCUAGCAUGAAAGCCCGUAGACCUCAAGAGCCUGAGUAGUGCGAAUAAAAUCUUCUGCGCUGAG